AUGGCCGAUCAGGAACAAUCUAACAAUCCUAAUCCCGACUCGAACCCCACAACCCCCAAUAAGCCUAGACGUGCUCCUCCCAAGCUCGGCAAGAAGUCCCCCGGCAAACAAGAACAAACCCCUCCUCCCUCGGAACAGGACCAGGAGCAGGAGCAAAAGAAAGACCCAGAGGAAAAGCCCGAAGAAGAGUCCAAGCCCGAAGAGUCUGUUAAACAAGAACCGGACUCAGACCACGAAGAAGAACAAGAACCCGAGCAAAAGGAAGAACCCAACGAACCAGAACCAGAACCAGAACCUCAACCCAAGCCUGAACGUCGUCGUCGCAGACCUCGUCCCCGUCCACAAGAAUCAGACACCGAGUCCAUCCAGCGCAGCGAAAUGGACGCAGAUCCCAAGCCCCAGCGCCGUGUCCGCCGGCAACGCCAGCCCCAACAGCAGCAACAAAACGGCAGUCCACUCGGCGCGCUUCCAGGUGUUGGCGGCGUUGACCAGGCCGGCCAACUGGUGCAGAACACAGCAGGCAAUGCACUAAACGGUGUAACUGGCAGUGCCGGAAAAGCCGUUGGCGGCAUUCUCGGCGGCGGCGACAAGAAAGAAGAAGACGAUGGCGGCCGCGAUGAGCAGCUCCGUCUACGCUUGGACCUGAAUCUGGAUAUUGAGGUCCAGCUCAAGGCCAAGAUCCACGGUGAUUUGACGAUUGGUCUGCUGUUAGUAUCCCCGUUUUAUUUCUCCCAUUCUCUUAUAUGCUUAUCUUGUCUUGACGAGCCCUCUCUUGUCAUCUUAACUCCAUCUACUUCACGCAAUCAUUCUCUGUUGGUGCAUUUCACUGACUGA